AUGUCCAUCACGGCCCUGCCAGUCGAAUUGAUGUCUAAGGUCUGUAGCCAUCUACAGCUCUCUGAGUGGCAAGAACUCAGAUUAUCAUGUCGCGCACUGUACAAAUCAUCACUCGCGGGAUUCACUGGUCGCUUUUUUAAAAGAAUUCACUUCAUCGUGACAAGCGAUAGCCUUGGGGAAUUGGAAGCCCUUGCCAAAACAGAUGGUAUCCGGGAACGAAUUCACGAGUUGUGGAUAAUCCCCUCCGUGUUUGAUGGCUCCCAUGCGGCAAGCGAAUAUGGUAUUUCCGAAUUUGCCGUGUCAUCGAAGAGUUGUCAGCCGGUAUCUGGCGACGAACUCAAGGCUCGUUUUUCAACAUACAAAGCCUUGGUUGCGGACAACUCAAGCCUUCUGGAGUCGGAGACUUUUAGCACGCGCCUACGCGGGUGCUUAGAAAACUUCGACAACCUUGACACGAUCGGACUUGCACAUUAUUCCACGAGCUUUUUGCUCGACCCACGACAAGAAAGAGUUCGAUUCCUUGGCUGGCGCCGCCUUAUCAAUCAAAUCGACUUCCGAUUCGGGAGGAAGAACCUUUGGCCGCUUCAUGGUAGCGGAAGCCCAAUGGGCAAGGUUAACUCUCUAGCUGCGUCGAGGCUCUUGCAGGCACUAAACGGGACAAACCGGAAGAUCAGGAAGUUACAGACUUGUAAUCCUGAUUACUGUGGUUGCAUUGGCCCAGAAAUACUUCUCACAGAAGAGCAAUUUCGCUCUGUUCAAUCCACUUUGGAUUAUCUAGAGGACCUCCAUGUUUGCACAGCUUUCAGAACCACAAAACCAGCUCAUAUUAUGGAUACACCGACUUGGGUCACUAUGCUUAUCUAUGUUGCUCCCCGCCUAGAAAGACUUACUAUCUCGCAAGACUAUUACUUUGGAGAGCUUGCUAGCAAAAUUCAUUUUAAUCGCCUCAAAGAGCUCCAUCUCCACAAGACUUGGAUUAAUUCCGAGGAUUUGAAAUCAUUUCUCAUGAAAGCCAAGGAAACUCUCACUGUUUUCACGCUUUUUGAGGUGAUCAUGGAAGGUAUCUCACCAUCAUUAUUGCCGGACUGUUCAUCACUUUGGUUUUCGCCAACCCCAGAAUGGCUUUUUCCCAAUUCAAUCCCGCCUUCUGCGACCUCAACCUCAACAGCCUACACUCCAACGUCCCCUACCUACACUCCGACGUCCCCUGCCUACACUCCAACGUCCUCUGCAUACACUCCAGCUUUGCCUGCCUACACUACAACGUCGCCCUACAAUCCGACCUCAACAGCUUUCACCCGAACCUCGAUAGCAUGCCCUUCAGGCUCAACUCCGUAUUAUGCCCAACCAGCUGGACAACCACUACCCGGACAACAUUACACUCCUUCUUCGCCCCCCUACAUCCCUCCUCCUGAUCAUGAGGAUAGUCUUUGGAAGUCUGUUUGGAACUUUUUCGGCGAAAACCUAUCGCUGCAGAGAUUCUCCAUGACGAAGGUCGCGGACCGUACCUGUCAGAUCUCUAUUCAAAGGACGGACGGCUUGAUUGAGCCUAGCGACAAUGCUAUUUUUGAUGCUGAAACUGCUGGAAUGUCGUUCCAUCAAUGGAUCGACCAAUUUACCCCGAUGCAUUUACGGUAUUCGCCUAGUCCUACAAGGUGGCCCUAUCACGAUCAAAGUAAGUAA